AGGCCAGACCCACGGCUGGAAUCCAUGGACCAGAUUGAAGGAUUUUCCCUUUGAUUGUUUCGAUUUGGGGAUUUUGAUUUAGGGUUUGAAUUUAUGUGGGUUUUGUUGAUUGGGUUUUUCUCUUGAGUUGUUGAUUCGUACUUUCAGUUACAGGCUGCCCACGUUCCGUUUGUUGAGGAAAGUGUGAAGGAGGCGGAUAGAGCAUUGGUCUCACACCUUCAUAGGUUGUCCGAGUUCAAGCAAUUCUAUUAAGGAUUGCUGUAGAAACUCUGAUUUUGGUUCUGAUUUGCCAAUUGGGUCUUGCUUGGAAGCUCAGGUGCAAGAGAAUCAGAGCAAGCUGCGCACACUCGGGAUCAGAAAGACAAACGAGGUUUUGGCUUUGAGGAAGAAAGAAAAAAUCCUGUGUUUUCAAUCCUAUUUCAUAACAUGAUUUUAACUUACGUGUCAACCAGGUAUUGGAGGCUGCAAAACUAGUCUUUAACGCCAAGACCGGACAUGGGUAUGUAUUUAGUAUUUACAAAGCAGGUGGAGAGGCGGACAGAGUAGAGUCAAAAUUCACAAUCCGAUGAGAGAGAGUGGUCUCCAACCAACAAACAUACAAAGAAAAGCCUAAACUCCGGGUGCUAGGGUUACCGUUGGGAUCGCAGGAGCGCAGCAAUGCAAGCGGGAGAAGCGUGCGGCGGAUGCGGCUCGUCGGAGAAAUGGGUGCUCCACACCGUCCGGCAGCGAGGGAGCUACCGGCGGAUAUGCACGCACUGCGUUCUGAAGGGUCACCCCUCGCUCUUCUGCCCGGUCUGCUUUGUGGUGUUCGACAAGGAAUCGUCCCCUCUGCCUGCCCCGUCGGACCGCCUCAUCUGCCUCCACUGCUCCUCCAUCGCCCACCGCUCCUGCGCCGUCUCGUCUCCCUCCUUCCUCUGCCCUCCCUGCUCCAACCCUAGCUUCUCUUUCUUCGAUCCCUAUCCCAAGCGGGCCAUCGACCUAGACUUGGCCAAGGCGCUCUUGGCCGCUUCGCGGAUCGCCGCCACGUCCAUCCACAAGGCCGCCGCCGCCGCCAGGGUCGACGCCGAGCGCCGCGUGAAGGAGGCCGCCUUCGCCAGGAAGAAAGCCAGGGAGGCCUUGGACCGCAUCGCUUUUCUUCUCGUCACCAAAGAAUCUCCCAAGAAACCCCUUCACUUAACCCCAAAUGGCGUUGAGGGAGGCAAGAACGCAACAAAUGGCUUGCUUUCUCUUUCCACCGCGGACGCUCAACGGAGCGCUCAUGCUAGUGAGGACUGAGAGAAGAACAAAAAGGUUGGGAAUUGGGACUGAGUCUUUUCUCCGAGUUAUUACCGUGUUUGUAAAAUUCAGUUUGAAUAGGACGCCCAGAAAGUCUUGUAGAGUAGAAUUUGUAGAAAUCAUGGGUUUAGAUUAGUUUCUUGUGUAGAUUCACCGAUGUUUCGUACUUGAUCUUCCUCCUCUGUAACUUUUUUCUUGAAUCGGAAUUUCCUUUUGCCCUUCA